CUGGCCUGUGUGUACUGUGAUUUAGGACUUGUUUUUUUUAUUCAGAUUACAUUGAAAAUCUUUGGAGCUAUAUCUGCAGCAACUCCACACUUUCAAUGCACAUAAUUUGAGCACCAGAUUUACCUUUGCAAAAUGGAGCACACUGAUAUCACAUCACUGAACUUUCUCACCAGCACCCGCUAUGCAUCUUACUACUAUGCAGCAACUCUGAGCUUGGGUUUAAGUGUUUGCCUGUUUAUUGUGAUUGGAUUGUUAUGUGAUAGCGUGGUAACUGCUAAGAUGUCUAGAAGAAACAAAGUUAAAGAUUUUGAUAUUGAGAAGCAAAAAAAGAAGGCACCACAUAUCUCAGAUGGUACCACGCCUCAUAAGACCCCAGCCAAGAGAGGUGUAUCUGAAGGCAAGAAAUCUCCCACAGCUUCUGCUUCACCAUCAAAGGGAAUAUCUUUCAAGUUUAAAUCCAGGCUAUUUAAGGGUAAUUUUUUUGGGCUUGGAAGACUGCGUAAAUUUAAGAGGAAGAAGGCCAAAGCUACUGUGGAGAUUGUUGAACAGCCAUCUGACUUUCCUACCACUUCAGCUCAGUCAGCAGAAUAUCAGUCAAAACCACAGUUUCAGUUUCUAAGAACACUGCCGUCAAGGAGUAGUGAAACCGAUUCUGUAAAGCAGUCUGAGGAGUGGGUGCAAAGUUUAUCAGGCUUAUACUCUGUUGAAAUGCUGGCUGAUUCGAUUGUACAGCAAGUUCUUGAAAGUUUUGAUUCUGAAGAUUCUAAAACUGGAAGUUGGGACUCAGAGACAGGAAGGCAAUCUUCUGCAUCUUCAGAGAUUAAGGAAGAAUCACAUCGGCCACAUAAGAAAAGAUGUCAGAAAGAAAAAAAAUCAGAUUAAAGGUCUCUGUACCUUUCAUUGUCUAAGAAAAUGCAACCUGUGCACAACUUCAUCUAAUGCAUGAACUACUCUGCACCGUCUGCUUGCCUUACUUUUACUUCAUAUUUGCUUUAUUUUUGCCAUGAAAACAGAAGAAAUGAAAUCAGCAAUUCUACACUGUAUAAUAAUAUGGAGCUUUUGUCUCUUUCUGAGACUUGUGAAAUGCUAUGAAAUGUCAGCUGUUCUCAAGUUUUGUAAAACAGCAUCUUAAUAUCAUGCAUUUGUCUUUAUGUUAGCACUGAUCAUCUGAAUUACAUUAUCUGUGCAUUUUCAGAACUGUGUAUGAAGCAUAGUACACAAACCUAGUAGACAGUAUAGAGGAACUUGUCAGAGCUAGUAUGUAUGUAGUUUUUAUGCUUGGUAUGUAAAUGACCGUGCCAGUAGCUACGGAGUAAUACAAAGACUGAAAAAGAAUGGUAAAAAAUAUUAAAAUAUGUUUGUAUACAGACA